AUGCGAGCCGCAUACUCGUCUGCCACGCCACGCAACGCCAUGGAGCGGGCCAGUACGUAUGUCGACCUCCGCUCCGGCCGAUACACGUCGCUGCCCCAGCAGAAUGGCACUGGAGGUGUAUCAACACGGAGAUCAGGGUCAAAAGAGAAGGCGCCUUUGCUGUCGGCGGUAUCGCGAGCAGCGACUGCAGGCAUCGGGGACAGCGUUUGCAUUUGCUACUACGGCAGCAGGCCUCGUCAUUUGCCGUUUGCUAUUCGUAGUGUACCGUCAACCAAACCCGUCCGGUGGACUGAGGAGGAAAAUCUACCGCCAGUCACAACCAACCCAUUGACAGACGGCUGCUAA